AUGGAUAUAGGCCUUAAAACUAGAAAGCAAGUAAGUCUCAAUCUGUUAAAUGAACUGGAAUUUAUGAAGUGUCAUCGAGAUUUGGCUAGAGGAUUAACUAGAAGUCGCCGUGGGAAAUUGCAUUCCUUAAAAUCUUGGAAUUCAUGUGCUAAAAAACUAAAUGCUUUAAAAGAUGGAACUACAAAAGAUGCCAAGGGUUGGUCCAAGUAUUGGUGUGACUGUAAAUACAGAGUUAGAAGACGAGCACUAGAAUAUAGUGUCGCUAAUGAGAAUGACAGAAAGCCACCAGAUGGCGUGAUACCCUUAUCUCGAUUAGAGGAAGGUGUAUUGAGCAUCAUAGGAGACAAUGCCAUCGAUGGAGUGGUCAUCAAAACUGAUCCUUUGGCUUAUGAUGAAGAAGAGCAUGCAGAUUAUAAUAUGAGCAAUAUGAACACUGCAACUUUCACUAAUAAUAUAGGUGCCACAUUAAGGUCUACGCGAAACCGGAAGCGACGAUAUUCCUCUAGAGAUGUAUCAGAGGUCGAUGCGUCAGAGGUCAAUGUGUCAGAGAGAGAUGGCUGUGUACUGGGCAUUUCAGUCGAGUCCAAAUCCAAGGAUGAUUGCAACGAACGGACUGGUGAAAUUAGAGGCCACAGUGAUGACGCGACAGAGUUUUUACGUUUGGAAAAAGAAAAGAUAGAAAAUUGGAACAGUAUCCGUAAAUCAGUUCAGACAAUAGCGUCACAAAUAACAAGAAUGGCGGAUAUCAUGGGCACUAUCAGAGACUUUUUGCUCAUCUCCAGAACAAAUAUUUAA